CACUUUCCAAAGCAUCUGCGUGGCUUCCAUUCGGAAUCCACUGAGAAAAAAAUUACUGUAGAGGCAACGAAUUUUGAGGGAAUAGACAAGAUUGCAGAUUUUCAGUGAUAUAGGUUUUAGGAUACAGAAGCAGAUUCAGCUUAGCUCAGCUCAGUAGCAACAGCAGAAGCUGAAAUGGAGGCGGAAUUCAAAGAGAUGCUUAAUGAUCUCGAAUCUCUGAAGCGUUCUUUGCCUGAUCCUCAACAUCAGACUUCAAUCGAUAAGCUGCAAUCGCGCGUUGAACAUCUAACAAACCUGGCAAAGUCUGCACCUGGUCGGCGUUCAAAAGUCAAGGAUAUGAGUGCUGAGGUGGUGGAUAGCAAUCCUUAUAGUAGGCUCAUGGCUCUUCAAAGGAUGGGAAUUGUGGAGAACUAUGAGAGAAUACGGGAGUUCUCUGUUGCCAUUGUUGGAAUUGGUGGUGUUGGCAGUGUUGCAGCUGAGAUGCUAACAAGAUGUGGCAUAGGCCGUCUAUUGUUGUAUGAUUAUGACAAAGUGGAGUUGGCCAACAUGAACAGACUUUUCUUUCGUCCAGAGCAGGUUGGCAUGACAAAGACUGAUGCUGCUGUUCAGACCCUUUCAGAUAUAAAUCCUGAUGUUGUGCUUGAGAGCUAUACGCUGAACAUCACAACAGUUCAAGGAUUUGAAACCUUCAUGUCAAGUUUAAAAAAUAAAUCAUUUCGAUCAAGUAAAGAAGGUAGUGGAGUAGAUCUUGUUUUAAGCUGUGUGGAUAACUAUGAAGCAAGGAUGGCUGUUAACCAGGCUUGUAAUGAAUUGAAUCAAACGUGGAUGGAGUCUGGUGUAUCUGAAGAUGCCGUCUCAGGUCAUAUACAACUGUUGAUUCCUGGAGAAACUGCUUGUUUUGCAUGUGCACCUCCCCUGGUUGUAGCAUCUGGUAUAGAUGAGCGCACACUCAAGCGGGAGGGAGUUUGUGCAGCAUCUUUGCCUACCACAAUGGGAGUUGUUGCAGGGCUUUUGGUACAAAACACACUAAAGCACUUGUUACAGUUUGGAAUUGUAUCCCCAUACCUGGGAUACAAUUCUCUUAAAGAUUACUUCCCAACCAUGGAAAUGAGACCAAAUCCUCAAUGUUCAAAUGCUGCUUGUUUGGAGCGUCAGAAAGAGUACAUCCUUGCAAAGCCAGCUAGGGAUGCUGCAGCUAAAGCAAAGAUGGAGGCAGAAGCACUAUUAGUUACGGAAAUCACACUUCAUGCAGAUAAUGAAUGGAACAUAAGUGUUGUGGAUGAUAGCGAGCUGGAAGGGACAGACGCCACAAGUUCAGAUGCUCUUCCAGAAGGUCUUGCACGUGAGCUCCCAAGUGCGGAUGAGUCCCCGGCUGCUGAAACAGCUACAACUCCAAUUGACGACCUCGAAGAACUUCGGAAGCAACUUGAAGCCCUUAAUGCACCAUAAAGCAUAUGUAGCAUUGAGAAGAAACUAGGUUUCAAGAAGAUAAGGCAAUCGAUUUCUUUAGAGUUAAAAAAGGUCCAUUUUUUUUUUUGUUACUUUUUGUCUCCCUAGAUAAAUAUAUCAAACGGGAACGAAGCUUUUUCUGGGUUUGAGAAAUCAUUUGAAGUGAUUUUGUAUUUCAAGGUCCGGAUAUUAAUAAAAUACAUUUUUAUCUUAA